CACAUUUCGCAUCCUCCUAAGAGACGGAAAAAUGCCGGCAGGUCAUGGAGUUCGGGCGAGAACGAGGGAUCUGUUCGCGAGGCCGUUCAGGAAGAAGGGUUACAUUCCACUGUCGACCUACCUCAGGACCUUCAAGGUUGGCGACUACGUCGAUGUUAAGGUGAAUGGUGCGAUCCACAAGGGUAUGCCUCACAAGUUCUACCACGGACGUACUGGUCGCAUCUGGAACGUUACCAAACGCGCCGUCGGUGUCGAAGUCAACAAACAGAUUGGUAACAGGAUCAUAAGGAAGAGGAUCCAUGUGCGUGUGGAGCAUGUGCAGCAAUCAAGGUGUGCAGAAGAGUUCAAGCUGAGGAAGAAGAAGAAUGAUGAGCUUAAGGCUGCAGCUAAAGCUAAUGGCGAGACAAUAAGCACCAAGAGACAGCCUAAAGGACCCAAACCAGGAUUCAUGGUUGAAGGCAUGACCUUGGAGACUGUCACUCCAAUCCCUUACGAUGUCGUCAACGAUCUCAAGGGGGGCUAUUAGUUCUACUUUCUUGCGUGUUUUGGAGCUCUUCCUUUAUAUGUUUUGUAGCGACUUCAAAUUUUUGUUUUCGACUAAGAAUAUGAUUUAUAUAACAGGAGUUUUGCAGUAUUAUUUUUGUUAUUGUUUGAUUUGUUUCUUCCAGUUUCUAAAUCUCAUGUGAAAUUAACUC